GCAGCCAUGCAAGAAAGCAUACGCUUUGCUUCAUCAGGAGAUGACGUUAAAAUAUGGGAUUCCUCAUCUCUAACUGUGGUGGAGCAGUUCAACCCACAUACACCCUCACAUCCAGUCAGCUCACUGUGUUGGGCCAGCAAUAACAGAUACCUAGCCACUGCUUCUGCUGCUGGUGAUAAAAUAGUUAUUUCAGCCUGUAAAAGCAAACCUGUUCCACUCUUUGAAGUAGCCGAAGGAGCAAAUCAGACAUGUGUGAGCUUGAAUUCUAAUUCUUCAUAUGUUGUGAGUGGAGGCCUUGAUAACACAGUUAAUAUCUGGGAUCUGAAAUCCAGAAGGGUUUACCGUAGCCUUAAGGAUCAUAAAGAUGAAGUCACAUGUGUUACAUAUAAUUGGAAUGAUUGCUACAUUGCUUCUGGAUCUUUGAGUGGUGAAAUUAUUCUACAUGGUGUUACCACCAAUUUAUCAAGUGCUCCCUUUGGUUAUGGCAGCCAUCAGCCUAUUCGACACUUGAAAUACUCAUCCUUUAAGAAAUCCUUGCUGGGGAGUGUUUCUGACAGUGGAAAUGUAACGCUCUGGGAUGUAAAUAGCCAGAACCCAUAUCAUAAUUUUGAACAUACUCAUAAAGCACCAGCUUCAGAAAUCUGCUUUUCUCCAGUCAAUAAGCUGCUGCUUGUAACUGUAGGUUUGGAUAAAAGAAUUAUUCUCUAUGACACUUCAAGUAAAAAGUUGUUGACAACAGUAGUAGCUGAUUUUCCUCUGACAACAGUAGACUUCAUGCCUGAUGGUACUACUUUAGCUAUAGGAUGUUCCCGGGGAAAAAUCUGCCAGUAUGACUUAAGACAACUGACAUCAGCAGUGAAAACAGUUAUUGCUCACAAAGGCUGUGUGAAAUGCAUACGUCUCCAGUUCAGUAGCACUUUUUCCAAGUCUAACCUUACAGGUUCUUCAAAUAAACCUGUAUCCAAAAGAGUAGAAGUCAAAGCUGGUAGUAAUCUGGGAGAAAUUCAAAAUACUGGCAUCAAAAACAUUGCCUCUCAAGCAUCAGCAACAAUUUCAUCUCAUCUGACAUUGCCAAAUGAGAAUAAGGGAGGAGAGGUUCUUCAGGAAAAAACAGGCUUUCCCCAUAGUUGCAGCUUGGAUGUGAUUCCAUCUAAAGAAACAGAUCAUGGAAAAACUGCUGAUUUAAAUAAUUUUGAUUGGAGUCGAAGUAGUUUAGGAGAUGUGUUUUCUCCAGUCAGAGAUGAUAUUAUCACGAGUAAAGCAAAUGAAGAUUCUCAAGGAAAAGGAGAUGGUCUAGAUUUUCAGUCCUACCUUUUGGGUUUGGAUUUUCUCCCACAGCUCACUACUGCCUUUCCUGUAAAAAAACCCACAGUGUGCAGUAGUUCACAAGGGAUACGGUCUAGCCCAUUACAUGUACUUGUGGGAUCUUCAGUUAAAGAAGAGGAAGAACAUCCAGAGACUGACACAAAGAAAAUAAAUACUGGAAAACAAGAAACUAAGGAAGUGUUAAAGCAGCUUUCAAAAUCGAGCUCCUCAAGUGCAGAAUCUGUAACUUUAAGUACUCUACCAUCAUCCACUGCUGUAAAGGCUCCUGAUACAAAUGAGAGACCAGUGAAGAAUAUUCAGGCCCAUCCUGCAUAUGAUCUACCAGUAAAUGGUACUAUAUCAACAAAUCCAAAGAUAACAUCACCUGUCACUGCUGGAGUUGCCAGUUCAUUGUCAGAAAGAAUAGUAGAAACCAUUGGGAGUAGCAGGCCAAAUGCACCUCUGACAUCAAUCCAAAUAAACUUCAUUCAGAAUAUGAUACAAGAAACAAUGGAUGAUUUCAGAGAAGCAUGCCAUAGAGAUAUUGUGAAUUUGCAAGUGGAGAUGAUCAAGCAGUUCCAUAUGCAGUUGAAUGAAAUGCAUACUCUACUUGAAAGAUACUCUGUAAAUGAAAGCUUAGUAGCUGAAAUUGAGAGACUACGAGAAGAAAACAAAAGACUGAGGACUCACUUCUGAAAGAUUUACACUGCUAACUUUAUUAGCAUGAACUUGCUACAGGUGGUAUGUUGCUUAUGACAGAUCAUCCAUCAUCACUGAAGUAUUUUAUGAAGACCUGCUAUUAUUUUGAACAUGAAUCUUUUCUUCUAAAUAAGCAGGUGUAACAUAAUAUAUACAGUGUUACAAAUUUUAUAAUUACAUAAAGAACACUUGCAUACACAUGCUAACCACAUUGAAAUACAUCCUUUCAACAGAAAAACUAAAAGGAUAAGUACAUUAUCAGAGUUCUAGCAAUAUGUGAAGUGCCUUUUUAUAAACAAAAUCAAACCAGGAAGGAUGCCUUUUUCUGUAAGAAUUUUUGGAUAUACCUGCUUUUCUGUCUUCUUUACUGCUGUCAGAAACAAUCACUAUAGCUUAUCUUUCAGAUACUUUUCUUAGAGAAAAAGGGGAGAGAAAGCUUAUCAUCUGCGUGACAUGGAGCCUUGUUUAUAAGGAGUUGGGAAGUACUGCAUUCAGUUAACUAGUCAGCUCUUUUAUCCCGAGUAAAACUAGAGCUUGAAGAUAUUCCCAAAUUCAGUGCCAUGAUCUUUCUUACUGUAUCCAUAAGUCUGAAAAUUGUGCUCGUCUGCUGUGAGCUAUGUUGCAAAUGCUCCUUCAACUGCACAAUGAGAUUUCUGUUACAACUUUAGCUAUGAAAUGAGAAUUCUUUUUAUUUACAUGUAUUUGAAUAUUGUCAUAGCUUGUCCAGAAUGAAUGCAGCUGUAGACUUCAAAGUGUAAGGAUACUCAGCCAUUAAUAUAUAGCAUUGUGUAUAUGCAGUCUUUCAGUCUUUGACUAAAGCAUCUUUUGUGCCUCCCCCUGCUUCCUUUUUAUUUGUACUGGACAACACUUAGUAUUGAGCAGUAGUUAUGAAUCUUAUUAGUUUAGCAUUACUGUAGCCUUUUUGAGAUAGCUGCACACCAAAUCUAACUCAUAUCUUAGUUGUAUGAUUAACAUUAAAGAGAAAUCAUUACUUUGGUAGCAUAAUGGUAUCAUACUUCUCUGUAAACAUUUCUGAAAUAAAGCUCAGUAUGAAGUCCUGACUGCUGAAGUUCAUGGGAGGUUUGGCUUGGCCUUUAUGUGUGCCAAGAGAUUAAAUUAACCUCUAUUUAAAUUAAAUAAAAAUUUUGUAUUAAUUAAAAAAUUUAUCUGAAUGACUUCUACAACUGCUUUUUGCUACUUAAAUUGUUCUGGAGGCUUCUUAAUUUUCCCACUAAUAUUUGGUUGCUUCUUUUCACACAAUCAAAAAUUAAACAAGGAGAGUCUGAGAACACGGUGAUUUAAUUACUUACGGUGUCUAGUACUUAAAUCCAUGAUGGCACACUUCUACUAAAUGAGAAAGCCAUAAUCUAUAGUGUAACUUAUUUUUACAUGUUGUAAAACUAAAAAAAACACCCCUGUCUGUACCUUCUGCCUAUCUUUAACUUUUUUUCAGAAAGAGACCCUUCUUUUUUCAUGUCAGAUAAUGCAAAUACAAUCUUGUAGCAAAAUGAGGGCGUUCGAGUAGUCCUUAAUAUUAGGAACAGGACUUUAAAUGUCUGCAGCUCUACUGCUUUUAUAAGCUUUUAAAAACAUUUCUAUAUCAAAUAUAACUUCAUGGUGA